AAUGAUUUGGUCGCUUACACCAUUUGAAUUUGUUGACAUCGUGACAUCAUGAUCAUGGAGGACAUAAUUUGAAAUAGCUCAACAAGUUUUUCCUAAAUACUUCUGCAAACUUAAGGACUUUAGGCAUCAUUGACAAAAAUGGAUGAUGAUUUGGAGUUCACAGAUGACGAGAUAAGAGAUGAAUUAUCAAAGUUAGGGUACAGAAGCAUCCCUAGUGAGAGACUCCAAGAGUUUAAAAAAGAUUUGAGAGUGCUUAUACAACAUGAGAGAAGCAAAUUAUCAAGAGAUACCAGUCUGUCAUCUCACAUCCAGACAGAUGCUUCAGACUCUUUCCUAGGUCCACCUCACAGGCGCUUAGAGGAGGACUCUCCUCCAGGUUAUAUCUCAAGGGAAAAAGAAAACAGACCACUUAGGUAUGACCAUGGAGAACCUAUCUUUAAAAAGCCCCUCCCUCCUCAACCCAGCCAGGUGCGAGGGGACUUUGCACUGUACGACAGUCACCUUGAUAGUACCAAGGACGAUUUCUCAGGCUCAGAAUGUGGCAGCAGGAUGGUCAAAAGAAAAGUGCUCAGGAAAAAAACUGAUGGGUCCAGAGUCAUAGAUGAAUCCUUCACAGAAAGUGAAUCCGGAAGUGUUCUAGACAUCAAUGAGAGACUGCGGUUGCUGGGGAUCAACACUGACAGACCCAGCACAGCACCUGCUGCUGAGCCACCAUACCGACUUUCUCCAGAUGACCCAAGGCCUGCAUCUGUUAUUUUGAGACCCUCUGAGCAUCCUCACACCAGAAACGUACGCAAGUCAGACCCUGUGGCACGGUACCAACAGUUCCGACAGUCGUGGACUCAUCAGCGAGCCCCAGGAGAAAAGAAACACAACCAGCUGCGCUGGAACAUCCGAGAACAAAUGCUGGCACAGGACCAGGUUGUAGAAAAGAAAUCACAAAGAGUAUUUGUCCCAAACAAAUACAUUGUACCUACAGACAAGCAGAGGAAAUCGCUGAGGUGGCAGAUACGUAUGGACCUCGCUCAGGGACAAAUGCCUGCUCAUGGCUUCUACCAUGAAUACUGAUCUCAAUUAGUCCCACUUGAAAUGCUAUCCUGCUUAUAUAUAUAUUUUAUUUGUGUUUUUCCAUCUCUGUGGAAAAUUAAAUUUCUUUUAAUGUUCAAAAGGAAUUUCAAAAUAUGUAGAGGAUACUAGAAGUAUUAGAGUCUCUUCUAAAACAUGAUGUUUAUGAAGAUACUGGUAUUGUAUAUAGAAAAAGGGGGGAUUUUUAAAUUUGAAUUUGCAUGGUACUUUUACCAUUAUCAUGUACAUACUUGCAUAUAUAUUUAUAAAUGUUGUUAAUAAAACAUCUUCAGUAAU